UGGUGGCUGCAACGGCGGGCCAGGUCCGGGCCCCAUCCGAGUGCUACUUCCCCGCCCGCAGCUGUGAUUCCGCACCUGGAAGCCGUGAGGGCAGAGCGCUGCUUACUUGCCAUUCCAGACCUUCUGCGCCCAGAGGGCAGGAUCUGAGGGUCCUCCAGGUAUUACUAGCUAAGCAACACAAUGGAAACCCCAGCGAAAGCAAGUAAAAAGGAUACCCAAGAGGGGCUGCCGAAAGAAGAGAAACUGUCUAUCAGUGAAGCACUUCUAGACUAUCACUUGCAAAUAAAGGAGAAUAUAGUAGAACGAUUGAUGGUUCAGAUAAAGAGUCUUAGAGAAAAGAACCAGAAGUCUCAUGAUAGAAACGGACGCUUAAAGGAUGAACAGAUUUGGCACAUACGGAACCUACUAAAGGAACUGAGUGAAGAGAAGUCAGAAGGAUUAAAAGUAACAAGAGAGGAUGUUGAAACAGCAAUGAAAGAAAAGUGGAAGUUUGAAAGAGACCAGGAACAAAACUUAAAAGAUAUGCGCUUGCAAAUAAGUAAUGCUGAGAAACUAUUUCUUGAGAAACUCAGUGAGAAGGAAUAUUGGGAAGAGUACAAGAAUGUAGGGAGUGAACAACAUGCUAAACUCAUUAUCUCCUUACAAAAUGACAUCAAUAAAGUGAAAGAGAAUGCGGAGAAAAUGUCAGAACAGUAUAAAAUCACUCUAGAAGAUGCUAGAAAAAGAAUAAUCAGAGACACUAUGUUGCAACUGGACCAAAAGAAGGACUGGGCCACAGAGAAUGCCGUGAGGUUAAUCGACAAGGGCAGCUACCGGGAGAUCUGGGAGAACGACUGGCUAAAAAAAGAGAUUGCAAACCAUAGGAAGGAAGUUGAUAUAUUGGAAAAAGCCAUUCAAGAACUGGAAGAAGAAAAUUUGGAGCUCAUUGAUCAACUAUUCAACUGUAGACUUGUGGAUCUCAAAAUACCCAGACAACUGUAUCUUACCCAAGCUGCUGGACAAGUGGCACCUGGAAAAAAGCCUUUGGAGUUGUCAGAAACAUAUAUAGAAAAGUCAAAACUGGAACCCAUAGAAGAAACAAGAAGUGAUUCAAUGAGCUCAUCAGUUGAGAUUGGAGCUUUACCCAUUAUUCAUGAGGACAACAUCAGAUCUGACCAGCAGCUGAGCACAGAUAGUGAGAGCUCAUCCAUAGAGUUUGGUACCUCUGAUAUGAAAUACUUACUCUAUGAGGAUGAGAAGGAUUUCAAGGAUUAUGUAAACCUGGGCCCCCUGGAAGUGAAACUCAUGCGUGUGGAGAGCAAGAAAAUGCAGAUUCAUUUUCAAGAGAAGCAAGUUACAGACAAAUUCUUUGAAGAGGUCAAGAGCCCACAAGUCCACGUCACAUAUAAAAUGAUGAAGUCUUUUCUCUAAGACUGAACGCUGCAAAAUAAAAAGUUUUUCCUUAUAAAUUUUCUUUGGGAACUAAAAUA